AUGACGCAGAGCAAGCCCUCAUCAUUCAUGAUCAAAGACCUCUUAGGAGAUGUCAUUGAAGAAAAUGAAGAUGACAAGCAGAGCGAGGAGAGGACUAGAGGCGGCGGGCCGGAGGAUAGGCGGAAGGAGGACAAGAGUCGGAAGCCGAGGAGGCGGAGGACCGCCUUCACCCACGCGCAGUUGGCAUACCUGGAGCGGAAGUUCCGCUGCCAGAAGUACCUAUCGGUGGCCGACAGGAGCGACGUGGCGGAUGCCCUCAACCUCUCAGAGACACAGGUCAAGACCUGGUACCAGAACAGGAGGUCAGACGAAGUGGAAGCGGCAGAACCAGCUGCGACUGGAACAGCUGAGGCAGCAGGCCGAGAAGGAGCCGCCCUCCGAGUGCUGCCCCCCGCCAUACCAGGCGCCGCCCCCCUCAUGCACCUUCCUCUCCACCGCCGCUGCGAUCUUCAGGAACAACUAAACUUCCAUGCUGGUUACAAUGAUCAGAAUAGCUACAGCACAGAAGCUAUCAACUCGCCCAAUAUGUAG